AUGACUUGUAAAUUCUCCUUGGUGUUUGUGGGAGCUCUCAUAGCAACAGUGUUGCUUCCAGAGUUGUUGGUGGCUGGCCCAGUGGCUCCGCGGUCGAAAGCAGAUGAGCCUAUGAAGACAGAGGCUGCAGCCUCAGCCAGGAGACUGGUUCGCAACAGGAGGAACAUCAGCUGGUACAAGGAGCACUCUGACUUCUGGAACUGGUACAAGUACUUCACUGAGCAAGGCAACACGGACGCUGUUCAGGAACUGGACCGUGUCUACCUGUCCUACCUGCAGAACAAGAACCGUGCCGAGGGCCGCCGCUCCAACAAGGCUUACCUGCAGCACAUGGGAGACAUCUACAAGUCCUGCGCUGAGUCUGAAGACCCCACCAAGUGUGUGUCCUCUUACAUGAGGCCCAAGCCUGAGGCUCCCAAACCUGCGCCACAGAAGACCUGCGAUCCCUACAGGGACCCCUACUGCCUGUAUGGCCUCUACUCCCCCUACCUGGCUCCAGUCGCUGCCAAGGCUCCCGCUCCCGCUCCGGCUCCAGUCAAGGCCCCAGCCUACAUCCGCUCAGCCCCCUAUCAAGACCCUCGCACCGGCUACUACUACUACACCCCGGUGCUGGAGUCCUUCCUGUCCGCCGAGCAGAAGUCCGAGCUGCUGCGCAUCUGCGACGCUAAAGACGUGGAGUGCCUGCAGUAUCACCUGCGUGCUGCUCGCGGCUACAAGCCCGCAUCGGCCCCUCAGCCGUCCUACGCCCACCUGGGCUGUGACCCCAAGAGCGACCCCCAAUGCCUCGCACACCUGAUGCAGAAGGGCCAGUCUGGCGUGAACCUGCCAUACCCUUACUGCAACCCACACACCGACCCGUACUGCGCCUACGUCGCUGCCCUCCAUGCUGCCAAGGGAGGCGAGGCUCCAGCCGCCCAGGCUGCCCCGGCUUCCGCGCUGAAGACGCCCUGCAACCCGCUGUUCGAUGACAAGUGUAACCCACUGACCGCCUACAAGCUGGCCACUGAGUCAGAGGACGUGAAAGACGAGCCCGCCUCAGCCGCCAUGCGCGCCGCCCCUCAAACCGCCCAACGCGCCGCCCCACGAUUUGCCCCCUCAGAGCCACGCCAGGACCCCUACGCCAUGUUCCGGGACGCGGCCGCCGCUGCCGCCGCCGCCAUGCCGAGGCGUCCUCCCACCCAUCCCUACAGGCUCCCAGCUCCCCGCUUCCAGCUGCCCAGUCGCCAGUUCCAGCCGCCCGCCCACCACCAGCCUGAGCCGCAGGAGGAGCGCCACCCCCUGGGACCUCGCGGCAAGACCAAGGAGGGCUAUAACUGCUUCAUCGGCUACGACGAGGAGUGCUUCCCACUGAGGCCUGCCCAGACCGAGCCACGCUCCGGCGCCCACCGCCAGGUCCCGUACCAGGCCGAGGCCUACGAGCCCCACGUCAGCCCCGAUGGCACCAGGAACGGCGUGAUCGAGCCCGACCCUGACUGCGACCCCGAGUUUGACUCCAACUGCAAGCUGCGCCGCUACGAGCCAGAGGCCGCCGAGCCCAAUGUACCCCAGGAGGAGGCCCAUCAGGCCUACCCGGCUGAGGAGCACCAGGAGCAGCGCGACCACCAUGAAGAGGCCUCCCAGCACCAGGAGGAGCUCUACCCCGAGCAGCAGCCCGAGGGCCCCGGCUACAACCAGGACCCCUACCAGAGUGGCCAGGAGGACCCCUACGCCGGAUUCGGCCCCCAGGAUCGCGGAACCCCCAACUUCCAGGAUAUGCUUAGAGGCUACGGUGACCACUACGGCCAGGAUGAGCGACGUGCCUACACAGGAGACUACAAAAAGUGAACA